GAGGUGAAAAUUACACAUGUAGUUGCAAAAUAGUUGAAAAGGGCCAUGUAUUGUUACGAAGAAGAUCAUAACUGAUCAUAGCUAAAUUUGUUAGAACAUGUGAGACCGCAACAAUUAGACACCAGUCUCACGGCAAAGUACCGGAAACCAGUCUAUUGGCAGGUCAAAGAGCAGCAGCCAUUACGUCAACAAGCUGUGGGGAAUCCCCACUCAGAUAGGCACCAGUAAUACGCUAAACAUCUGUCGACGGAGGUUAUUCGCCUACACAGAGCUUGUUAUCGGACUAUCCCGCUCUUCUCAAGUGGAACGAAAACGUUACUGGAACUUUAAUUCUCGACUUCCAAUGAGUAUCAUCAGCUAUAAAGGAAGAGAUGGAGGAAAUGAUCCUGAAACGGUUGUUGAUUGGGGCGAUCUUGCUUUCUUUACUGGGCUCCAUUGUAACGCAGAAUGAAACUGUUCUUAGCGGAACUAUCUUGCUCGUCGUGCUACUGUCUCCCUUCGGAGUCGCGUGGUACAUACAUCACACAUCUGAAAUUCGACGGCUCCGUGAGAAGAUUCAAGACUACAGACCUGGUCAAUGGACUAUCAAAGAUACAGGUGAAGGAUUCGAAAGACCUUCAAAGGUUCGACUAGGUGUCUUUGGUGUCCAGGAUUCCGGCAAGAGUAGCUUUCUCAACUCUCUUCACUUUGCAUUCAAAGGUGGCUGGGAACAAGUCUACGUUGAGAAAGGUGAGGCGUCGAAUGGAGGCGAGACUAUAUUCCGAGACCCUGCCAGACUAACUGAUUACGUAACUACAUUCGAUACACGUGGACUAGUUGAUUUGUCCAUUUAUAGAGUUCCAGAGGUGAUAGCUGAGAUCACUGGUAAACGAGGAAUCAACACUCGUUCUUGGACUAAAGGCGAGAAGAUUGACUGUCCCAUUUUCAUCCUGAGAUACAGCUCAGCAACGGGAACACGGCACUGCACUAAAUUUCUAGAGACACUGGUUCCUCAAGUCAGGAAUCAGCUUGGUGGAUAUCCUAUUAUGGUGGUGACUUUUGCCAAAUGUAUAUCUAACCAAGAGGAGAUCAUUGGAGACAUCACCAGGGCCGGUAUGGAAAAGGGCAGUGUGUUCUUAAUUGAAAAUUACACAGAUGUAAACCACGAGAUGGAUUCUAAGAAACACAUUGCUCUGCUGAAUAUACUAGAGGCAUGCAUCAAACGAGCUGAUGACAGCAUCACCUUCCAGUGGCGAAAAGAAAAUGAAACACCUCAGAAAAGCAAAUGCGAGAUAAUGUAAAGAAGUGAUUAACCCAACUAAGGGGGGGGGGGGGGGGACAAUGGGGAAAAAUAAAGUGGCCUAAAUGUAGUGCAACUCAAAUUUCGGUGUCUAUUAACGCAGAUAUAUUGAUUAUUAUAUCCCGCAUACUAAUAAUCUUGCAAUCUGAUUGGUCUAAACGAGGUCACGUGAUUAAUGAUAGAUAUGUACUAUCUUCCUGCGAUAGGACUUUGGUACAGUAAUUUUUUGCUGCUGCCCCACUUGCCCAUUGAAUAAGCAUAGCAAAGUA